AUGCAUUAUCUCUCUCAUUGGCCCGCAGACUGCCUGCUCCUCAUUGCGGACCAGCUAUCCAAAUAUGGUAGCCUCAGCUCCCUCGCACGAACAAGCAAGCGAAUGUACUUGCUACUGAAUCCCCAUCUUUUUCGUCGCGCUGUCAAAUCUCGAGGUGCAACAGCCGCCUUGUGGUGGGCAAUCCGGAUUGGCAACUUGACUGAGACGCGGUUUGCACUCGAAGCCGGGGCAUAUCUCGAUGCCAAGGAAGACGAAGUUUCGAGGCACGGGUAUUGCGUGGCGAGCGAAGCUUUAAAAUCUCGAUAUCACAUGAGUCAACUGUGGAAUAAUCGAAAGUAUUUCGGGUGGAAGGUCGACCCUCGUGUGGUAGAUAGCAGGCUCGACGAUUAUCGCCCCUUGAUUCUCCUGCUACUCGAUAGUGAUGCCGACAUCCACGGCAGAGAUGGAAGGGGAUGGAUGUCUCUGCACCAGGCAGCCUGGCUGUCCGAUGAAGAAAUGGUGCGAGUCUUGGUGGAAACCGGUGCUGAUAUUACACUUCCGUCGGACGAAGGCACCACUCCGCUACAUCUUGCUGCUUUCCGUGGCCAUGUAGAGGCGAUCAGGUUUCUCUUGGAGAGAGGAGCCGAUAUCAACGGGUGUAAAAAGUUUCCCAGUACGCCAUUUCCUCACGCAGCUCGGGAGGGUUUUCAUGAAGCGACUGCAUUCUUGCUCGAAAAGGGAUAUGAAGUCGACGCAAUAGACUGGGGCGAACAAACGCCUCUUCAUUCUGUGGUCUGGAGUGGGGCUUGCAGGCCCAUCGAAGAUAUCAUACAGCUUUUAAUCGACAAGGGUGCUGAAAUUGAGGCCGUUGAUGCAAAAGGGAUGACUUCUCUGCAGAAAGCUGUUGCGUUUGGAUACUCAAUAGAAGUCAUUGACUGCUUAGUUGCAAAUCGCGCAAAAGUCGAGGUGAGAGAUCUAGACGGGCGCAAUUUACCUCAGCUAGGAUGGAAGCAUCGAAAUUACAGCAUCGCGGAGCGUUUUGCGCGACGUUCAGCGCAAAGUACAAACCGUGCCUCACGAUGA